CUCCUUAGCAACGAUGCUGAAGCUAGUUUACGAUUAGAGUUGUCGAGUAAAAGGCUAAUUUCACCCUUUUUUUCCUGUACCACCUUAGAUAUCUGCGCUAAAACGUUUAUAAUAACCAAACUAGACAAAUUUGUACUAAACUAAUAAUAGAUUAAUAUUUUAAAAAAUCUGUUUGCUAUUAGACAAACUUUCUGUCUUAUUUGGGAAAGUUGUAUUGGUCCGUUUUAUUUCUUUUUUCAUUAAAAACACAUAAAUCGCUUAGAAUAAAAUCUAGCUUGAAAUGUAAAACAGAAAAAAGUAGUUGUUUUACCUAUUGUGAGUUUUUCGGAUGUGCUCUAGAUACAAAAAAAGCUUUUAAAGUUGUCUGUUUUUUAACUUUCUUAACAUAUUUUUUAAAUCAGUGUUUAAACUAUUUAAAUUUAGUCCGAAAAGUACCAGAAGUCAUUUAAGGUAGUCCGGAUUCAUAAAAGGUGAAUUAGCGCUUCACCUAUAUUUGGAAUCGGAAGCGUACUUCAGCGUCGUUCCUUAGCAUGACUGUGUGUUGUCUCGGCACUACAGUUGCUCUGUUAGCUCCGCGGUGUUUCACCAGCUGUUGUCAUAGCACCGGGGCCACCGAUCAACUGUAAAUAUCUCAGUAUUGUUUCCUGCUCUCUUUAGAUGUGUUAGCAUGACUCUGGCUACAGCUAGCAGCGUGGCUCCGUGUGUGUGUUUGUUGUGUCUUCUGCUAAGAAAUUAAUUACAGUCAUCUCGGGUUCGGCGACUGUCUUCCAGGCUGCCAGUCGUGACAUUACUUCGACUUUUCAAAGCCUGGAACCUCUCAGGGGCGGGAAACCGCCUUUAAAUUAACUUAACGCUUAUUCUAAUUUACAACAGCAUCAUUUAUCUCCUUUUCUCAGAGUUUAAGUGCAGUUCCCUCGCUAACUAUGAUAAAUUGUGUCAGAGUGAGGCUGAAAAUAUUUUUUUAAACAAGUUAGUACACUUAAGUUUAUAGGAAAGUUUAAAUAUAUACAUAAAAACAUUAUAAAACCACAAAAACGAUUUUAUUUUGAAACUUUUGCACAGCUGUUUAAGUUUUUAUCGCGAUAUCUGGAGCGGCGAUAUUGGAAACCCUCCCUGUUUGGCCCUUUUAAACUUCCCCGGGUCCAUUUAAAUGAAAAAUGAAUAUUGUCUGAGUGAGUUAUCUCUGCAGACUAAUAACAGUGAAACGAAAGCAAAAUCAAGCGGCUAUAAUAAGUUUCUCUAAGGGUUUUUAAAGCCUCGUCUGGCUUGUUCCCAUUGUUUCCUGCAUUUCUGUUCCUGGGUUUUCCAAAAGGUUUGAACUUGGGUGUGUGUGGGGGUGCAUGCUCAGAUAGAUUAAUGAAUAAAUGAAUGAGUGAAUGAAUACAAGACGAGGCGCAGCGGCGCUGAACCGUAAAAAAGUGGGAAACAAUAUCAGCUGCGUGCGUCUGUCAGUUGCAGAAUGUGCUGUGUGGGUCUUUGUUUAUAGUGGGGAGGACAGACAGAGACAGGGGUGCGUUUAAAAUAUUCAAAACUCUUUUUGGGGGGGGGGGGGGUGUUUGGGGUUCCCCUGAAUCUUUAUUAUUCCUUUGUUUUUGUAAAACUUUCUGUUUCCCUGAUAGCGGUGGGUGAGGAAGAAGUCCCCAUAUAACGGUGACACAAAUCAGCAUCCCACUGCAUUUGGUAUUUCUCUUUUUCCCCCCAGAGAGCAAAAGGAAAAAGAGGAAGGGGGAGAAGGAGAGACAAAGUUGUUGAGUGUUGGUAGAAUGAAAGAGGAGUCUGGUGGCAGGAGUGUAGAGGAAGCAGCAUAUGGCUGUAGAAAGAGCACAGCUGGAGGUAGCAUCUCCAUCUGAGGAUGAUGUCAGAGCAGCUGACAGGCUGCCAUCCACCCCACCUCCUCCUCCUCCAUCCCUCCACCGCCUCCACCCCUCCCCGGUCUUUUAUUGUGAGUCUCAGCGGCAGCCUGGGAGAGUUAGUGCUGCGUGUGUGCGCGCGUGUGUGUGUGUGUGUGUGUGUGUGUGUUUGCGGCUGCCGAUCAGCGCCACUUAGGAGGAGGUGGAGGAAGAGGAGGAGGGAGGUGGUAUCUCGUUCCCCCUCCAACAUCUCCUCCACUUUGCAUCUGUCCCUCGCAGUUUGAACAGCGUGUUGUUUUUUUUUUGUUUUGUUUUGUUUCUUCCCUUUUUUUUCUCCUCCGCCUGCCUCCCCUCUUCCUCUGCUCUCCUCUACCCACACUCAUUGAUUCAGAGUGAGAAGGACACACAGCCAGUCAGAGAGCCCCGGCGAUUCUGCCACGCUGGAGUUAAUCAAGUUGAUGCGUACCGCUGCAGGUUAUGAGGACGGCAGGAUGGAGUUCCCAGACCACAGCAGACAUUUACUCCAGUGUCUGAGCGAGCAGCGGCACCAGGGCUUCCUGUGUGACUCCACGGUGCUGGUGGGCGAUGCCCAGUUCCGUGCCCACCGUGCCGUGUUGGCCUCCUGCAGCAUGUACUUUCACCUUUUCUACAAGGACCAGCUGGACAAAAGAGACGUGGUGCACCUCAACAGCGACAUUGUGACGGCGCCAGCCUUCUCCCUGCUCCUGGAGUUCAUGUAUGAAGGCAAGCUGCAGUUCCAGGACCUCCCCGUAGAGGAUGUGCUGGCAGCGGCGAGCUACCUGCACAUGUACGACAUCGUCAAGGUGUGUAAGAAACGACUGAAGCAAAAGGCGACGGCGGAAGCAGACAGCACUCGCAGGGAGGAAGAUGGCGGGUCCAGUUGUUCUGACAAGGCUGACAGUCUAUCAGAGGGUUCGACGGGUCGGCCCGCUACCGCUGACCUGCUUCACAGUGACGAAGAGGAGGAGGGGAAGGCCGAGGGAGGUCCGCUGUGGCUGAGGCUGCCAGCUGCGGACAGGCCAGGGACACCAGGUAUGGCUACAACCAGCCCGAAUCGGGGUGAGACAGAGACUCAGGCGGGGGAAGUGCUGGGGGAGGGAGCGAAGGUGCUCUCCCCGGCCGGCAGCCCCAGCAGCUCCACUGGAUCCCUCUCCCAGAGGUCUCACCGCUCUGCAGGCUCUCGUGGAGGACACAGAGGUAGGAAGGUGUCGAACGAUGCGGCUGACUGUGUCCUGGACCUAUCCGUCAAGCCAGUUGCUGGUAGCAACCACACCAACCACCAUCAGUCUUAUUUCAGCCGUGCUGCCACACCGGACAGCCUGCAGAGCCCGUUGGCUGUCAGGGUGAAGGUGGAGAGGGGUGUAGCUUCAGAUGAGGAAGAGGAACUGGGAGGUGGGGACUAUGACAUGGAGCACAGUGGCCUCACCAAAACCCCUCUUCCCAGUGCUAACGGGGUUCUGACCCACCACGGGAUCGGGGGGCCUCUGUCGGCCCAGCGGAGGCUCGGGCUGGAGGCGCACCUGUCCGCUCUGCGAGAGGCAUCUCUGGCCUCAGAGCUGGAGCGGGAGGAGAAGCCUCCAGCCUCAGCAGACGAUGAAGACAUACUGGGUGGAGAAAACGAGCGUGCCCAGGCUGAGGCGGCCAGUAUGGAUAGCUCGCUGCUGCCUUACGUCUCCAACAUGCUGUCAGCACAGCACACCCAGAUCUUCAUGUGUCCGCUGUGCAACAAGGUUUUCCCCUCGCCUCACAUCCUCCAGCUCCACCUCAGCUCCCACUUCAGGGAGCAGGAGGGCAUCCGCUCCAAGCCCGCCGGAGACGUCAACGUGCCCACCUGCACCAUCUGCAGCAAAACCUUCUCCUGCAUGUACACUCUGAAGCGCCACGAGCGGACACACUCCGGUGAAAAACCGUACACCUGCACCACCUGCGGCAAGAGCUUCCAGUACUCUCACAACCUCAGCCGCCACGCGGUGGUGCACACACGCGAGAAGCCGCACGCUUGCAAGUGGUGCGAGCGGCGCUUCACGCAAUCCGGGGACCUCUACCGACACAUCCGCAAGUUUCAUUGCGAACUGGUCAACUCGCUAUCAGUGAAGAGCGAACCACUGGCACUGCCCAACGUCAGGGAUUGGGCGAUCGAGGACAGCUCCCAGGAACUGUGGAAGUAGAACCGGACUUUUGGGGUUAGAUAAAGGGAACGAGACGGAGAGGUGGAAGGGAGGUGGCAGAGUUUGAUAGUCGGGGGUUUAAGUGAGUCACAUAUUUUUUUUUUGUUGCAACAUCUCAUUCAACUGCACUUUAAUAGCACAUGAAAAUGUUACUACUGAGUUCUUGUGUUAGAAAUGUUUUCUUUUGUUCUGUUUUGUUAUCAUUUCAAGUUAUUACCUGGCGUUAGUUUUCCUCUUUUUGUGGUUUAAAUUGCGUCUGAGGACACAGAGAAUGUCGCACGUUUGUUUGUUUUUUUAAGAGUUUUGACUCCGAUUGUGUUUGACCCCAGAAACAACACUUGUGUCUCCAACCAGCAUCCCAGUCCCAGCGUCCAUGUCCCAGUGUCCAUGUCCCAGUCGCAUAGAUAACACGCACCACUGCAGGAGUCCAGGUCGAACACACUGAAGUGAAAAAGUGUUACAAUACACUAAACGGGUACUGUGAUCACCACACACUAAUGAUGUGUGUGUGUGUGUGUGAUUCUGCACUACUCUGGUAACAUUUCACCUAAAAUUUGUGUGUGUGUGUGUGUGUGUGUGAGUGUGUUUAUUAUUUAAAAUUUCUCCUGGCAUGAAGGUGUCGUUACCGAGGCGCUCCCCUCUCCUCUCGGCGUUUCGGCGAAAGCUGACUGACUUACCGAAGGCACUCAUGCAACGCACAGCCUCCUCCUCUCACUUCCAAUCAAGCUGAAGCGUUUUCUUAAAGACCUUUACGAAUAAUAAUAAUUAUUAUUAUUGUUUUCGAUAGAUUUUUUCUUUCAAGAAUCUAGCUGGAAGUCUUUAAAUCAGCUCUUGUUGUAAAGGUAUUUAAUUUAAGGUUGUUGUACAUUGUUCUGCUAUAGUUUUAAGACUUUAUUCCAUGACAUUUUUUAAAUUAAUUAUUAUUAAUAUUAUUAUUAUUUUGUUACUUUCUUUUGUAAUGGGACCUGCUGUUGUUGCAUGACGUCCAGACUUGUAUAUUUUAAAAUAAAAUGUGAAUUUGCUGUAUUACUGUACACAUUGUAAUUGAUCAAAUACUUGACAAUGGGCUUUCUCUCUCUCUCUCUCUCUCUCUUUUUUUUUAACUUAAUUUUAUUUUUUUGUGAAUACUACUCCAGGGUGCAGUCUGUUGAAAAAGUGAAUAUUCCUAUGAUCAGAAGGGGAAAUGCAUGAACAUUUGAUUUAGUCUAAAACCUUUAAGUUGUCACGUUUGGUUGGGGGCGGGGUCAAACAGCAAACCUUUGACGGCACAAGGUUUUUCACUCCGUUUCUGGGCUCCUGGUGGAACGUUUGAGAUUUUGGAUGCGAUAUGAUAAAGCAUUUUAAGCCUGUGUCUAUAUGCACUGAUUUUCUCUGCUGUGUGUGUGUGUGUGUGUUACGAGUGUGUGACUUGGUUAGUACCAAUCAAUUUGACCUACUGAAGCUCUACGUCCACCCAGCACUUGGUUGUCCUCCUCCUCAGGCGUUAAAUGUUCACACAGAUUCAGUUAUUUCUCUCGUGCCCGUUUAUUUUUACUACUCUAAACACGGUCGAGCCGUUCCUCAGUAAACCCUGCAGAUUUUGGCCUCUUGGCUCAGGUUUUGGUUUACCUGAGGCGUGAAGGACUCGACUCUGGCUGCUGCUGAACGUUACAGGGUGGGAUAUCUUUGUCACCCCGCUGACCUGAGAGCAGCGUGUCCCACGUUAGAUGUCAUCAGAAAUCUUUGGAGAGAACUGGCCUCGAGCUGAAAGCACCUUUUAAGCUAGAAGACAUGAAAAGAGGAAUUUGCUGUAAAAGAUGCCUUUAUGAGAGGAAAAAAAAAAACAUUUCUGAUGCUCUGAAAGUAUUUGAUACUGUAAAGCAUUAAGAUGCGGUUGAUAGAAAUUAUGUCAAUUUAUCAGACAAAUAUUGUCUUAUUAUAUUUUGAUGAUAUGUUUUUUUUUAAUGUAUAAAUGUUAUUUUUAAGGUUUGAAAAAACAAAAAAGAUGGUCAAGCGUUUAUACAAUCCAGAAGCAUCUGGCAACGAUGCGGCCGCUCCACGUUUCCUCCUCUCCCAGAUAUGUGUGUGUUUGCAUGCCCCGUCAUCUGGUGGCACCUGCAGGCUUUGCCAACGCAACAAUGUGGGUGACAUUGCAGCAGUCUGCACCACAUCAUCUCAUUUUUGGUCUUGAAAUAUUAUUUCUUCACUGGCAGCGCCUCUGCAUAUGGGCUCCCUCCAUCCUGCUGUUGUUUUCGUCACUACUGGUGUGUUUUUUUCUGUUUUGUUCCUCUGGUUAUGCUUGACCGCCUUAAACUGCUGAAGUCUGGACUGUUUUCAUUUAAUUUUCUUGUUGAAGUGCGAGUGAGGGGCGGAGUUUAGGGACCAGUGUCCACCGUUCUGUGAAUUAUUCGCCCUGAGGUGACAUCACACCUUUCGCUGUUCUCACUUGAAGGGGGAAGACUUUUUUUAUUUUUUUGUAAAGCAAGGUUAAGAAAACAAACAAAAUAAACAUGUCAUAGACAGUUUAUAGAAAGACAUGAAGGGUUGGAGGGUGGGGUGGAGUUAAAAUGACUGAAUCUCUUUUGAAAAAGGACAAUCACUGUCUUGGGAAAAGAGACAAGCAGAUUUUGAUCGAGAUCUAUUUGCUCCCUGUCGAGAUUACAUCAAUUUCCUUUAAAGUUCCCGUUUCAGAUUUAGUCAUUUUAGCUUUGACAAUCAUAGUUUAUUUCUUUUUGUUUCUCAAGGGGAGUAAAUUCUAAUUGUAUUUAGUUUUGUAAUUUUUUGGUGUGCUGGUGUUGACAUUUUUAAAUUGUGUGCAAACUGCAAUAAAUUAUAAGAAUUCCUGAAA